UGGGAGAGUGAGCGACGUGAGAGGGUGUGAGGUGGGAGAGGCCGGAGGGAAAGCAGAGAAGGGGGGUGGAACAGAGCAACCUAGUUGGGGGGGAGGGUUCAACUGCAAGGAGAGCAAGGGUUGGAGGGUGUCCUCAGAAGAAAGUGGGAGUGCUGAGAGUUGAAGAGAGAAGAGCCGGACAGGCACUGAGUGCAACAGAAAGAAGGGAACCGUGUGUGUAGGGAGGGAGGGAGAGGAAAAGAAAGAGACAGGGACGGGGAGAGUGAGGAAGAGCUACGGGAGGGAGUGAAAAGAGGAGAGUGAGGAAGGAAGAGGGAGAAGAAAGAGUAGGAGAAGAGUAAGGGAGAGUGUGCAGAAGAGGGAGAGAGGGUAGUGGAAGAGUGAGGAAGGGAAACGAGAGGGACAGAGGUGAGGGUAGGAUAGAAAGGGGAGGGAGAGUGAAAUAGAGAGAGUGGGUUGACCAGAGUCAUUGACUCAGUUUUGUUGGGUCAGAGGAGAGGGAGAGGAUAGGUUUGAUUAAGUCGUUAAAGAGAAGGUUUUAUAGUGCAUAAGUGUGGAUUGAACAGUGACUGUGGGAACUAGACAGGGCAAGAGUGAGUGCCCUGUGUCUUAUACUGGAUAGCUGUGGCUUGGGAGUGAGACGUGUUGGGUAUUUACUGGAUGUAUGUUGGGUGGUGGUGUAUAUGGAGCUUAAGCAGUGAGGUAUUUACUGUUCAGUCAUUUAUGUAGCCCAAGCAAGAGGGUAGUGGAUAGGUUUAUACAAAGAACGGGUGAGCAGCCAUUUGAAGGGAUGGGGGUCUACAAUUUAGUGAAUGCAGGAGCUGAUGUAUACAGGGCUGAUUGCGAAUUCAAGGUACACCCAAGGCAGGCCUGAAGGGGCACUGCAUGUUACUUGCUGGUACUCUAGGGUUUACAGGCCACCUGCUGCGUACUCCUGUGACUCUCAGCCUGAAGGCCAGGGUGGUAAGGCAGCAGUUGGUGAUAAUCCUGGAGGAUGUCUCUGGCAGAAACAGUGGCUAAUGUGGCCCUGCGGCUCCCCACCCUCAUGGUGCUCAACUGGCUGUACAAGUGGGAUGUUGGUCUCUUUGCCGAGCAGAUCCAAGCCAGGAAUGUGGAGAUGCUGAUUAAGUACAAGUAUGUCCUGUGGAAUGUCUACUACAUGGGUCACUUCCUUAGCGUGAUGGUUCUUGUCUUGCCUCUCCAGCACCUGGUGAAGUUUUACCUCUACCUGCUGACCGCUUUACUUCUGUACGUUGGACACUGCACCUGCAGGGACUAUGUUCUCCGAGAGAUUGAGUCCGGGUACGAUGGAGCGGUAUUCUUGGACCUGGCUGCCCUCCAGCGCUUUGUCGGUACACUAACAGGUCAACUCUUGGUCUUCUCAUUCUGUUCUUACUUCAUGAAGUCCAAGCCGUUCUGGUUGUUCAGUGCUCAUCUGCUUCCCCUGCUAGCCCGACUUUGCAUGAUGCCCCUCAAUGUCCUUCUCCUCCUCAACAAGUUGACUGUGGCCCUCACCACCUUUGAGGUCAUUUACUUCUUGCUAUGCAACAUGUUUGUGCCCUUCUACCUGGCCAAGUCAGCUUACCGCGAAAUUGUGCAGGGGAGUGAGCUGUAUGGGAUGCUGGGCCUUGGAAUAAUGCUGUGGAACCAGUUUGCUGUGCCUGUCCUCUUCACCGUCUUCUGGUUGAUGCUGUUUGCCGCCGAGAUCUAUUUCUACCUCAGCUCGCAGAGCCAGACAGCUGCUUCCAAUGAGGGCCUCAUCUUUGUCUUCCUCACCAGUGUGGCCAGUUGCUGUGUGACACCGUACUCCAUAAUUGGCCUUACGUUUGCUGUCUCCCGCUUGUCACUCGGCCUGCUGGCUCUCUGCAAGAUUUACCUCCAAGGCUACUCAGGCUUUCGUAAUGGCAACCUCAUGCACAGAGGCGUGACGGAGGGCGUGACAUUCCUGCUGUUGGCCCUGCAGACGGAUCUGAUCGACCUGCACGUCCUGCAACGCACCUUCCUCCUCAGCAUCAUACUCUUCAUUAUUGUUGCCUCAAUCCUGCAGUCCAUGUUGGAGAUCACAGACCCCAUCGUCCUGGCGCUUGGAGCCUCCAGGAACAGGAGUUUGUGGAAACAUUUCCGAGCAGUCACCAUGUGUCUUUUCCUGCUGGUCUUCCCAAGCUUCAUGGCCUACAAGAUCUCACAAUUCUUUGAGAUGGACUUCUGGCUGCUCAUCAUCAUCUCCAGCAGCGCCCUGACUUCCCUGCAGGUAACGGGGACCCUCUUCAUCUACGGGCUGUUCCUGGUGGAGCACCUGCGGCAAGAUCCCAUCGAGGACCUGGAGGACGUGAUCUACUACGUGAAUAGUGGGUGCCGGGUGCUGGAGUUCCUGGUGGCCGUCUGCGUGGUGGCGUAUGGUGGCCUGGAGUCGGUGCUGGGCGAGUGGAGCUGGAUGGGGGCCUCGGUCAUCAUCGUCCAUUCCUACUUCAACGUAUGGCUGCGGGCGAGGGCUGGCUGGAACAGCUUCCUCCUCCGCCGGGAGGCUGCCAAGAAGAUCAGCGCUCUGCCUCAUGCCACUGCCCAGCAGCUCCAGGACUAUGGCGAUGUCUGCGCUAUCUGCUACCAGGUGAUGAGGACGGCUGUCAUCACUCUGUGCGGCCACUAUUACCACUCCUCCUGCCUCCGCCGCUGGCUCUACGUGCAGAAGACCUGCCCCAUGUGCCACCAGCUCAUAAAGCCGUCCUCCCCCCUGCAGGAGCCUCCUCCGCCAGCAGGGGAGGAGCAUCAGGAUGGCGGGAUCCCAGCCGCAGCGGACAAUGUGGGCUCAGCAAGCCCCGAGGGAUCAGGCGCUCGGGCGGAGGUUCCUGUUUCCGAGGACGGUUCUACCUGGAGUACUGAAGGCGGAGAGAGUUCCCAGCUGGAUCAGGGCGAUGGAGAGUGUCCAGCAUCCGAGAUGGUACAGACCCCUGAGCCAUGCAUGGACGAGUCGGAGGGAAUCUUGUCUCCAGGAGGCGGGGACUGGGUGGAGAGGGAGAACCCAGACCUCGAGGCGGCUCCACAUGGUGAGUUGGACCUCCAGCCUGGCCCUCAAGGAGGGAAUGGAGUGGACAGCCUGGGCAGUGGACCGCUGGUCACAAGCUUGGAUUUGGAACACUUACCAGACUCGGCUGGGACACUGACGGAGAACGGGGAACCUUCACCGUUCUCCCACACGAGCAGCUUCUCAGGAAAAUGACUCAGCUUACGGGUUGAACAGGGAUGAGUUCAUGUGGAGCACAACACAAAUGGGGAAACAAAUUAUAAACUUCUAUAAACUGUAUGGCUGAGAAAACACAAUUUGCCUUAUGUUGACAAUCAGGGUGGUGAGGUCUGUCUAAUUAAAAAGAUGUGGUUUAAUUCUGA